AACCCUUUUCUCUUCGUAGGUUUUAUACAAUGUAAGGUAGGAAAUUAAAGUUAAAACAAGAUGCUAAGCAUGCUGGAAAACAUAAAGGCAGAACCGGUCGUGUCCGUUGUAGAAGAGAACAGUGUUUCACACUUUAAGCAAAAGAAAAAACCGAGAGAAAAAUCUUCAGUUUCGACAGUGGAGUUACUGGAUAUGCCAUGCAAAGUAUGCGGAGACAAGUCUUCUGGUGUACAUUACGGCGUUUACUCUUGUGAGGGCUGCAAAGGCUUUUUUCGACGUACAAUUCAUCAAAAAAUCAAGUACAGAUCCUGUAUAUUAGACCGUACAUGCAGUAUCACUAAAAUCAAUCGUAAUCGUUGCCAGACGUGCAGAUUUAUGAAAUGCUUGUACGUGGGAAUGUCUAAAGACGCUGUGAAAUACGGUCGAAUCCCAAAGAAGCAGAAGGCCCGUUUAAUAGCAGAACGUCUUGCAGAAAUAAGGCGAGAAAAGAUUCUAGAGCAAACAAAAGAAUCAGAAAACGGCGCGAACGAAAAUGUGUCGGGAAACGAAACCCCAACUCGAAGAGAAUCCACUGAAAGCGAUGUGUUUCGAAAAACACCUCCAAAAAACAUGAGCGUCAACGAAUCAAUGCUCUAUGAUGCUCUACAUAACUCCGAGAGCACGGGAGUCGACUCCUACAUUCAAGAAUCUUUCCCUAAAAGUCCUACUAUCCGCCAACCUCCAGAGCUAAUCCCAAAGUGCGCUUUUCUUUCAAACGGUGCAAGAAACACACUAAAUGGCUACCAAGAAAAUUUCCAAGAUCAGAGAGAAAAGUCCAAACAGAGAGCAUAUUACGAGUCCAAACAAAGAGCAUAUUCCGACCAAACUUUUUUGAGCAGUUCCAAUCCAGUUAAACCGAGAUCCUCCUCCGACUCUUCUAUGUCCCACUCCCCUAGCAACCCGCCUCCGCUUUUGCUCCUAGGACGAUCUUUCCCUGGAGCAAACGGAGAGACGUCACCAAACGAGAUCAAAAAAACUGACAACUACAAAUCACCAAACGGAAGAUCCGCUGAUUCAACCCGAAAAUUUCCGAUUUUCAAUUUCGAUAAAACCACCGAAAAAUACCGAAAAUCGGCGCCACAGUCGUUAUUUUUCAGCAAAAGCAUCGAUUCUAAACCCACCCAUCGCCGAAACCCAUCUACCCCCACUACAGAUCUUACCCCAGUCCCAAAAUUCAUUCCUACCCCAUUUUCUGAGCCCCGUCGAAAAUUCCCCCCCACCUACCAAGUCUAUAUACCACCUCCUAUAUAUAGCUCCUCCCACUGCCUUACAUCUAAACCACACAUUAUAACCCAACCUGUGGACACCAUUUCAAGCCCCACUAGAAUUGAUUUUAACCCAAAACCUGCGACUCAGUUCAGAACCCCUAGCAACACCAUGCAUAUUGCACUCGACUACUCCAGUAGAACGAGGUCGUCUUCUUCCCCAGACAGCGGUUGUCCUGAAGCAAAUGAUUGUGAAAUGGAAACACAGCGCACGACUGGCAUCACUGGAAAUGGAAACACUGCCCAGAUCCCAUUGCCUGAGUUGGUGGACCUAAUCGUUCGUGCUCAUAACGAAACAUCACAUGCAAGCAGACAUGCUCUGUUUCUUACCAAGAUGGACCAUCGCGUCGCCCACAAAGGUACAUACACGGCGACCGACGACGACCAAAUAGACUGGGCUUCUUUCAAUGCUUGUUUUGAACCAGCUGUCAGGGAAGUCGUCGAAUUUGCGAAAACGAUUCCCGGUUUUGAUAAACUCUGCCAAGAAGAUAAAGUCUUGCUGCUCAAGACAGCGUCGCUUGAGAUACUCCUUGUCCGUAUGACGUCACAAUACGACCCGUCAACCGGAACGCUGUCUAUCGGGGAGGGGAAUCGGAGGUCUAGGAAUCAUUUCUUACGACAAGGCAUGGACAACUUUGUGCACGCUAUAUUUGACUUUGCGGAGAAGUUCCACUGUCUCAAUCUGUGUGAAACAAGACUCGCUCUUUUCUCCUCUCUCGUUUUGCUCGCUCCAGACCGACCAAACUUGCGUGACCCCGCCGCCAUUGAAGAAAUACGAGACCGGAUCUUGGACGCCCUCUGCUGGUGGAAUUCUCUUAACAACAGCGAGCACGAGGUGUCGCUGCCAAAACUGCUCACAAAGUUAGCGGAGCUGCGUACCCUAAACUCUGUCUACUCGCAACAUUUAUUGCCAGUCAACAAAACAGCGAUCAAAUACGCUUAAACUGUAUAGUAGGGUGGGGGAAGUUGGGACACCUUUAUUUCCUCGUCUCAUUUGGUGGUAAACAAAGAACAUUUAGAGAAUUAUAAAACUGUAUCCCGUCUUCUUUCACCCUACUAUACUAAUAUCAAGCAAGAAGACACAAUUUAUCAAAAACACAUCAGGAAAUAACAAUAUCAUAAAAAAAUCUGAAAAAGUUUUAUUUCAUUAGGAAAUAAGUUUGUUUUCAAAAACCUUUUAAAAAAUCUUACAAAAUUCACUCAUUAAUAAUAGUUUCCUUAAAAAACAGCUAAUUUUAAAUUCCACGAUUUUAUUUUAAAGCAGCCACGAUUUUAACCAAAGUUAACAUUGUGUACUAACACUAGAUGUAUUCUAAAACGUAGUUUUAGCUUUUUAUUAACCGAAACGUAUGAAUGAUCCCGUUUUUUUCAGAUUUAAAAUUGUGGUCGUAUCACAAUGGCCACGUAACGUUAUGUUAUACUUUCUAAAAGUUAAAUGUGCUUUAUAACCUACAAGGUAUAUAGACUUAGUCUCAUUUAUCGUCGUUUUCCCCCCAUUUUACCUUUGGUACGAUUUAAUAUGCAGCAGCAUCUCAGUAGCGCUGUCUAGCGGAUUGUUACUGAGCCAUCGUGCAAUUUUUCGCUCUCAAUUAAGUUCCAGAUAUUUCUCGUUCCGGCCAGUGUUUCCAAUUUUGCUUUUCAAUUCGGCAGCACUGCCCGAUAAACAACACCUACAGUUCCAUUCGUCGUAAAUAAUUUUUGUUCCGGCCAGUGUUUCCAUUUUAUUUUUCAAUAAGGGCAACACUGCACACACUAUAACUGCUACUGUUCAGUGUUGCCCAAAAACUUAAAAGUUCCAGCAGUUCUUGUGUAAAUUUUAUUCGUGACAGGGAGCGCGUGAAGCAUUUGUAUCGCAUCGUUUUUUCUCAAAGAGAUAAAUGAUUUCUUGAUUUCAAACAGAAAUAAAAGAGAUUUGUAUAAACAAAAA